ACGAAUCUGAUAGUAGUUUAGAAAAUGAUGGAAAAAAAAAAGAAAACGUAAAAAAAGAAAUGCUUGGUACUGAAAAGGAAGGUUCUCCAGAUAGUCAUGAUAGUUCUAAGGAAAAAUUAAAUCUUAACGACAAUUCUAAAUGGUCUGAUUUUCUUAAAAAUAUCGUAAUGUUUGGUGGUUUUGGUCCUAUUGUGGUUCAUGAUGUCAGUGAUACACUUUCAGAUAUAUCUAAAGAUGAAGUUACUCAAAAGACAACUAAAGAUAUUGGUAGUACUUUACUUGACUUUUUUUUACCAUUACCAACUCAAAACACUAAUACAUAUGAGAAGAAAAAUGAAAAUAAAAAUGAAAAUAAAAAUGUAUCAAAUGAAAAAGGAACGCCUCCUACAUAUUCUCCUAUUCUGGACGAUGGCAUAGAAUUUAGUGGUGGUUUAUAUUUUACUGAGAAAAAGUCGACUGAAGAAAAUAAACAAAAAAAUGUUUUAGAAUCAGUAAAUUUAACAUCGUGGGAUAAAGACGAUAUUGUUAAGGAAAAUGAGGAUGUAAAAGAUGAAAAGGAUAAAGAUGAUGAAGAAGAAGAAAAAUACGAAAGCGAAAUUAUAAAGCAACCAGAAGACAUAUCAGAUGAGGAAAAAAUAUUAGAAGAAGAAAUAUUAGAAGAAAAUAAAAAUGAUACAGUAGAUACAAGUGAUUUAGAAAAGAAAAAUAUACCAGAUUUAUCAAACGAUAAUAAUUAUUAUAGUUUAAUUUAUAAGAACUAUAAGGAUAAAGAUAAAUCAGAAAAAACUGCACAAACAUUAAUCACAGCUCUGAUAAGUUUAUUAAAUGGAAAAAAUGAAUUAGAUGCUACCAUAAGAGAAUUAAAACAUAGGUUUAUGGAAUUUUUUACAUAUAAUUAA